AUUGGCCGUGGCGAGCGAGUGUGCCCGCCCAGCCCGCGCUUCCCCCGGCGCCGUCGCAGCCCCCUGGACGGCCGCCGCAGCCAUGAACCCGUUAUUCGGCCCCAACCUCUUCCUCCUGCAGCAAGAGCAGCAGGGCUUGGCGGCAUCGGAGCCCGAGCAGCAGCAGCAGCAGCAGUUCCCGGACCUUUUCUUCCUUCCCGGCGAGCCCCCGAGGGACUUCUUCGACGGGGAGCUGGCCCCGCCGGCCUCCCUCUCCGCCGGCUCUGCCUUCCCGGCCCCGCCGGCCGCCAUGGCGCUCCGCAACGACCUGGGCUCCAACAUCCAUGUCCUCAAGACCCUCAACCUCCGCUUCCGAUGCUUCCUGGCCAAGGUGCACGAGCUGGAGCGCCGCAACCGGCAGCUGGAGAAGCAGCUGCAGCAGGCCCUCGAGGAAGGCGGCGCCCGUCGGAGCAGCCUGCAGCGCCGGGACCAAGCCGUGCAGACGGGCUUCGUGGGCCCCAUCCGCCCGCUGGGGCUUCCGCUGGCUGGGGGCGUCGGAGUCGGCGGCGGCAGCAGCAGCAGUUGCAGCAGCCCCCGCUCGGUAGGGCUGAGCACGCCGUCGAGGGUGCUGAGCUCGCCCAGCUGCCACCACCCGGGGGCCCCGCUCACGCCCACCUCGUCGCAGUCUCCGUCGCUGCCCGGCGGCACUUUCUCGUCCUCCUCUCGCUUUUUGCCGGGCACCAUCUGGUCCUUCUCGCAGGCUCGACGGCUGGGGCCCGGCCUAGAGACCACCUUGGUGCAGGGGCCCGGGGUCUCUUGGGUGCACCCUGACGGCGUCGGAGUGCAGAUCGACACCAUCACCCCCGAGAUCCGGGCGCUCUACAACGUCCUGGCCAAGGUGAAGAGGGAACGCGACGAGUACAAGCGCAGGUGGGAAGAGGAGUAUACGUUGCGUGUUCAGCUGCAAGACCGAGUGACUGAGCUGCACGAGGAGGCCCAAGAAGCAGAAGCGUGUCAGGAAGAGCUGGCGAUGAAGGUGGAGCAGCUUAAAGCAGAGCUGGUCGUUUUCAAGGGGCUGAUGAGCAAUAAUCUGACUGAGCUCGACACCAAAAUCCAAGAGAAGGCCAUGAAAGUGGACAUGGACAUCUGCCGGCGCAUAGACAUCACGGCCAAACUGUGCGACGUCGCCCAGCAGCGCAACUGCGAGGACAUGAUCAAAAUGUUUCAGAAUCAGUUGUCUCUGCACUUGUCUCCCAUUAAGGUCCCAGCCACGAUGGGGCGGAAGCGGGAGAGGAAGCUGGUCAGCGACGAGGACACCUCCCUCUCUGAGAGCGAGACUUCCAAAAAACUCGAGGAGGAGGAAGAGGAUGAGACCACAGCCAUGAGCAUCAAUGAGGAGAUGCAGAGGAUGCUGAACCAGCUGAGGGAGUAUGACUUUGAAGAUGACUGCGACAGCCUCACCUGGGAGGAGACUGAAGAAACGCUGCUGCUGUGGGAGGAUUUCUCUGGCUAUGCUAUCGCUGCAGCUGAAGCCCAGGGGGAGCAGCCGGACGACAGUUUGGAGAAAGUGAUCAAGGACACGGAGUCGCUCUUCAAAAGCAGGGAGAAGGAAUAUCAGGAAACCAUCGACCAAAUCGAGCUGGAGUUGGCCACAGCAAAGAAUGACAUGAACCGGCACCUACACGAGUACAUGGAGAUGUGUAGCAUGAAGCGGGGCCUGGACGUGCAGAUGGAGACUUGCCGCCGCCUCAUCACCCAGUCGGGAGACAGAAAAUCUCCUGCUUUCACUCCGGUCUCGAAAAGUGAAUCGGCUCCAAGCGAGGAAAAGGAGGAGUCCGAUCAUGACCUCCCAAGCGAUGCCUCCAUAAGAUAAUGAGGGGGGAAUCUGCCCCCUCUGCAUCUCUCUCCUGGCCCAGGAGUUGUGAGCGUGCCGUUGGGGGGUGGGGGAAGCCAUGCCCUCGCUGUGGCUGUGCCGGACGGAAGGGAACCAAGAGCCAUACCCCAUUAGAAGUCCUGCCACACAGUCCCUCCGCAAUCUGGAGGGGGAGCUAGAUAAGAUGCACAUCGGGAGAGUCUGGCCUCUCCGUUCCUUCCUCUCCUCUUCUCCCCCCUCCCCCAAGUACUUUUUUGGGUUUUGGUGGGGAGGCACCCGCCUUAUUGCAUCUGCUACUCCUGGGUUCUGCCUCGGGAAGCCCCCCCUCGCCACCUAGUAUAUGUGACUUGCCUCCCCACGCUACACACACACACACAAGCUGAACUGGAUCCUUUCCUCUCUGCAAAACCUGAACCUCAUCUCGUUGCCAAGUGGGCUUUAAGGCUGGACUCUGUUCUCUGAACAGGCAGAAGUGCAUUUGGGCAGUGCGCGCCCCCCCUCCCAAGGCCACGUUGCCCCCCCAACAGCAAGAGCCUCUCCUCGUGUGGGGAUGAAGAACGAGCCGCGGUCUCCUUCGCCCCUGCCUCUCCGCCCUUGCAUUCUGCUUAGUCGCGCUCCCGUGGCACAAACAAUGUCUGCGAUGUGCUAUGUCUGGAAACGAGGAACAUUAAAUGGAUUUGACGUCCUUUUCUACAA